AUGCAUGGUGAUUUUUUUCCGUCUUUGAGGACAUUUUCUCUUAACUGCCUGCGAAAUCUCGGAAUUCCUUUUGUGGUGGCUGAGUAUGACUGGCUGCCAAGUUGUUUGGCCAUUGCUUUACUUCUAGAUUGUCCAAUUGCCGCGUUUUCUUCCGAUUGGUUCGUAUGUUCAAAGCCUAUCAGCAUUCCUGAUGUAUUUCCAUCUUUAACCUUGAAUGAUCUUAAGAUUGUCAACUUGCAAGAUAAAUUUUACACAGUUGAAAGAGAGAAUGGUAGAGACCGAGUGAUGUUAAAUGUGUUUCGACCGGAGAAUUCACCAUUGAAAUCAGUUCCCGUUGGAUCUCGAAUUCUCAUAGCUCUUCUUAUGAACCAGCAUAUUGUCCCCAAACUUCCAAGUGCUGUUAAAGUAGAACAACGUGAUAAUGAGUCAUUCACGGCUGCUAAAUUACGAGCGGUUAUUGAUUACGUUUCGAGGACUAUCCCCAUUUAUGUUCUCAAGGAUGUUAUUGAGUUAUAUGUUGAUUCUGGACGUGCUGACCACACAUCUAAAAUGAUUUUGUCUUAUCUUGAGCGCUUUUGCCCUGAUUUUUCCAUGGGCUCACAACUCCUGAGUAUUCUAGGUUUGAAUCAGGGACUUCCAGCGAUCGAACCUCCAUCCUCGAAGAAUAGACGGUUUCAGAAGAGGGAGGACCUUUCGCCAUCUGACUUCUUUAAGUUGUCAACGAAGUUAUUGAAAGGGAUUGGUCAUGAGGACAUGCCCCUUGACUUCUUUUACCUUUGGCCUGUAGGUCUAAUUCACCUAUACCGUUCGGGCUAUUUGGAUAAAUUUUACGUAGCUGCCUUGUAUAAUGAUCUUGGUGUAACGUUCGAAGCGGGAAAUGAAUAUCUAGUCGAAUUACCGCAUUGCUUUGGACCAUCCCGAGUUCUUCGUGGCAUAAUCUAUUCUCUUCUGGUUGGAGUUGACGAAGCUAACGGAGCUCGAUUUAAGCUUGUUGGGCUGAAGCCUGGUGUAAAGGAGCUCUGUUAUGAGGGUCUAUUUCGCUACAAGACGUACAAAGUGCACGUGCAACCGGCGUAUCUACCGGCUAACUGUUUGUCCGAGGAUUUCAUUCAUACAGUUAUUGGCUUCACCAGUUCCUCAGAUAUUCCCGAGUGGUGUGAACCACUUGUAGUCUCCUGUCUUCUUUGGCACCAGCAGAAACCUCAGCACAAAAGCUGUCAAAUUAGGGAGUGUCCAUUGAUUAUAUCAACGCUUCUUUUGGCUUUAAUAACUCACCAAACUCCUGAGGCAGAUUUACCUGCUCUUGCAGAUCACCUGGAUAACAUGAAGGCAGCAGUUAUGACCGAGUUGACUCAAAGUGAUGCUUUGCCUUCACCCGCAUUAGAGAAAGAGCUUCUACAUGGAGCUCUGGAGUUGGCUAAUCUUUAUACCAGUUAUAUCAGCCUUUAUAAUCUUCUCACAGUUCUUCGGAGCCCUAAUUUGAAACCGGAGUUCCAAUCCCCUGCCUAUAACCGUUUUCCUCAUAUUUCUAUUGCUUUUCCCUCCCUUGAACUCCUUGUCGGCAUUGCUAGUCAUCUGAGAAGUCAAGAGUUUCCCUAUAAUGUUGCUCUACGAAAGUGGCUGGUGAGGGCUUUCAGACCAGUUGUAAACGAUAUUUCUGCCGUGAAAGCGUUGCAACUGGCCGUAACUGCAUUCUCGUCCCUGAUGCAGCGAAUUUCCACCAUGAAGUUGGCAUUCCAAGAACCGGAGGUCGAUAUUUCUGAUCCCCCUAAUAUUCUCCGACCGAAAGAAGAGCGAGCAUCAAAGAGUGCUCCUAGUUCCAAAGAAAAGUCCACUAAAAUUAUAGUUGAAUCUCUUCCCAAUUCCCGCCAUCGUGACAAUUUAAAUAAACCUCGAAAUCUGGGUGGAGGUGGUAAAGGUCGUGGAGAAAGGCCAAAGAAGUCGGGGAGCUAUGCCGACAGGUUGGCUAAACGUUGUGAAAACAUGAAUCUGAAUGCUCCCUGA